CUCAUGUUUGUCAGCGCAUUAUUCUACCGUCCCCUCCAUGCUAAGUAUAAUCGUGUACACGCAGAAUCAAAAGAGAGAGCCAAGCUGUUUGACUUGUCGGUAUGGAAGAUAAAGCCGUUCGUGUUUUUGGUUGCAUCCAUAUCACUGCUACACAUUGGCUACUUUAUUCCCUUCAUUCACUUGGUGAGGAAUGUUAGAUAUUAUAAAAUGAUUGAAUACUUGUUUCCUCAAACAUAGGAGAUAUGCAUAAUCGGAAUUUGCUCCUUAAUUCCAAAAAGGCUCGAAACUCAUGAAAAAUUGCGCAGCAAAGUUUCGCCAUGACAUGAUUUGUCUGCUCAUCGUUUUCAGUUGAACGGCUACACGUUCUUAGCGCGUUAACGAAACCAUGAAUUUUAGGUACUCUCAUUGAAUCCGUUAUGUUACGCUGUUUAGGUUUGGGAGACUCGUGACCUACAAAGGUUCUUAUAUGGCGCAUAUCACAACAUACCGUUCUCAGUAAUCAUGAUUUUCCAGUUUGUCAGUGGUUAGAGGAUCCGGCAGGUACUUGCACGACUCUUUUAACAAAAAAAUCUCUCUCAAAAUAUCGCAGAACAAAGAAUGCCUAUGAACAAGAGAAUCUUUUAUGUUCUCUGACUUGCUAUUAAUUAAAGAAUCAAUACAUGGACAAGAGCUUUUCAUGUCAUACACACACUGUUAAAGCCUUAGCCGGUGGAGUUCAAUAAACUGCUCAGCUGAAGUGGACUAAGCUUCUUAGUAACUUUCUUGAACUGUUCCAUUGUAGAAAACCGAUUGCGUGCUCCUAACGUCGAACGCAACCAUAUCUUGGGCAAUCCUGUGUUUCCUGUGUUCGCCUAGCUUUUGACAGUUAAACUGACAAUUUCUCAGUUCCACACUCUUGUUCUACCUGAAAUGUAUUCUUAGGUGGCCUCAAAAGGUGCUCUAAAUACUUUAUUACAUUUUCAGCCUAAUUACUCUGAGAUUCUUGGUGUACCUGAGUCUAAAGCCUCUUUGCUAAUAGGCUUUCUUUCCAUUGCUUCAACCCUGUCACGUGUUCUCUUUGGCCUUAUGCUCAACCACCCU